AUGCAAGCUCCAAUGCAGCAGAAUUAUGGUCGUCCCAUACCCCCGACCGCCCACCGCUCCCCAGCCGCGCCCCGUCGCCCAGGCAUGCCCGUUCAGAUGCAACCACAUGCUGUGGCCCAGCAGUACAUGGCUCCGCGCCCCAUGCCCCACCCCAAUGACGCUGCCCUUCGACGCAGCCGCAAGCCAACUGACAGGAACCUCCCCGACGGCAUUGAGGACGUGAUCAUCGGCGAGGGCGUCCAGCAAUAUAAGAACCUACGCGACCUCGAAAAACGCCUAGAUGCCGCUGUUGUUCGGAAGAGGCUGGAUAUUCAAGACUCCAUCAACAAGACGGUGAAGAAGUACCGGACUAUGCGCAUCUGGAUCUCCAACACAGUCGAGAGCCAGCCUUGGCAGGGCCCAGGGAACAAUCCGGGUUCUGGUCGCUACAAGGUGCGCAUUGAGGGCCGGCUGUUGGAUGAUGAGACCGACCCUACGGUUCCGGAUCAGGAGGAGAAGGAUGAAGACGCGAUGGAUGACGGCGCGACGGAUAAUGCUAAAAAGUCUGAUGCUAAGAGCCAGCGCUUCUCGCAUUUCUUCAAGAACAUCACUAUCGACUUUGAUAAGCCUGUUACUGCCAUCCCUGAGGAGGUCAAGCCCGUCAACUGGACCAAGUCAAUCCCUCACCCUAAUACACCUGCGGCCCCGAGCGCCGACUUCGACGCUCUACAGUUCUCUCGUGCCUCGCAGGAAAAUUUGAAUGUUACUAUCAGUCUGGUCCGGGACGAGGUUCCCGAGCGAUACAAGCUGAGCAAGGAGCUGGCUGAGGUUCUGGACGUUGAAGAAGAGACCCGAAGCGGCAUUGUCCUUGGAAUCUGGGACUACAUUCGCGCGAUGGAGUUGCAGGAAGAUGAAGAAAAGCGACAAGUGCGCUGCGAUCACCGCUUGCGUUCCAUCUUCGGACGCGAGCAAAUGUUCUUCCCUCAGAUCCCCGAAAGUGUCGGUCCCCACACCAGCCCAAUGGAGCCCAUCAAGCUCCCAUACACUAUCCGUGUAGACGAAGAGUUCAACGCCGACCCCACGCCAACCGUUUACGACAUCCAGGUCGCCGUUGAAGACCCGCUGCGCACCAAGAUGAUGGCUCUCACCCAGAACCCUGCUUACACCGCUGGCCUGCGCCAGAUCGCGUCGCUUGACGACCAGGUAGCCCUGAUUGUCCAGGCUCUUACACACUCCCGCGCUCGUCACUCAUUCUACACUGCCCUCAGCAAGGAUCCUGCCAACUUCGUUCGUCGCUGGAUUAAUUCUCAGCGCCGUGACUUGGAGACUAUCAUGGGUGAAGCUACCCGUGGUGGUGGCGAAGAUGGCACUGGGCCUGAGUUCCGAUAUGGGGGUCUUGAUGGGCCAUGGGAUUCUGAAGUUGCGAAGGAAGCUGUGCGCUACAUGCUGGCGAAGCCUGAGGCCGCCGCUGCUCGGUAG